AUGGGAGCCGAGCGACGGCUCUACAACCGCUUGGAGGUGCCUCCAAAUGCCUCGCCGGAGGACAUCAAGCGUGCGUACAAGCGGCUGGCGCUCAAGCAUCACCCGGACCGGGGCGGCGAUGCCAAAGCCUUCCAGGACUUGAGCUCGGCUUACGAAGUUCUGAGCGAUCAGGACCGCCGAGCACAAUACGACCAACUGGGUGAUGAGGGCUACGAGCAGGCUCAGCAGAUUCAGCCCCGAGCACGCACCGGGUCGGACCAAGCAGUCUUCGACCUCUUCAGAAGCUUCUUUGCAGAAACGGGGGGUUUCGCAAGCUUGUUUGGUGCCCGCCAUUCUGCGAUGCCCGUGAAGGCUAGCAUUCCUGUGACGCUGCAAGAUGUGUUCAUGGGGUCGAUCAAAAAGGUCGGCAUCAAGAGGACAUCUCCGUGCGACUCCUGUGUAGCCGGCGAAAGUCCCGGGCCUGCUUGUCGCACUUGCGAGGGCUCCGGAGUUCGGAUCCGCCGCUUGGGUGGGCCAGGAUUUCUUCAGGUGCAGAUGGCCUGCCAAGACUGCCAGGGGCGAGGCUGGCUGUCCAGAGGCAGGUGCAAGCUCUGCCACGGCUGCGGGCAUCGCGAGGAGCACGAGGUCCUUCGGGUGCAGGUUGAACCUGGGAUGGAUGAUGGGUCCGUCGUUCCCUGCCACAAGGCUGAUGGCAGGCUCUGCAGAGACCUGCUGGGAAUCAUCAAGGUGCAGCCGCACCCACACUUCCGUCGUCACGGAGACGACCUACACGUGGUUUUGCAGAUUUCUUUGGCUGAUGCCCUGACCGGCGGAGCUGCAAGGCUGCGACAUUUGGAUGGCCGUGAGCUGCAGGUUCACGGAACACCUGGCAAGGUGAUAAAGCCAGGAUCCGUCCAGUACAUCCGCGGAGAAGGCAUGCCCAAGAUGGGAUCUUCACAGCGGGGGGACCUGUGCGUGAAGUUUGAGGUCGCAUUUCCGGAUGUGCUGGAUGCAGAUGGCGUGCAGGAGCUCAUGACAGCUUUGCAGCGCCAGCAAAAGGCAACCGAGGCAGGCGUGUCCUCGUCCUGGACGCCGCCACGUGAGCGGUCGCGUCUGUAG